CUCGGUAGAUAGUUAAAGACACUCACUCCGACACGCUCGUUCAAGUCAUAAGCUCAUAGUCGUAUUGUUCUGUUGAUCUCAACCAAGUGCAUGUUGCAGCAUAUCGCCCGAUUUUGAUUAUCGCUCGCAUUCAAACAAAAAAAACAUGAAGGAAAUUACUUUAUUCGUAUUAUUGUGUUGUGGAAUCGUUGUAUUCGGGAAGCAAUGCUGUCCCGAUGGCGUAAUAAUUUCACCACGGGGUAAAUGCGGCACAGAGCCAAUGGUCAGCAUGAACUGCAGCAAUGGAAGAUUGCUAUUGAAAGAUAUAAUCUUGAAUGGAAAUAAGGUGUCUACUCAGGACACUCCAGAUUUUGUUUUCGCCGAAGAUCCUGAUGAGUAUUGUCUCGGUGCGAUGUACAAAAACGGUACAGACUCUAGUUCGGGAAUUAUCUCUAUUGCGCUUGUAUGCUUCGAACCAUCGCUUAAGGCCAACGACAUUGAGACAAGCGGAAUACUAACAUUAAUCUCUGUAGUGUUUCUUUUAGCGACUUUCGCUGUGUACACGUAUUUUCCAAAUUUAAGAGACCUCCAAGGCUUAUGUUACAUGUCUAUGAGCAUAAGUAUGGCACUUGGAUUCUUGUCAUUGGGAGUGCUGCAACUGAAUACAGGGUUUCGUCAAGAUUUAUGUACAUUGACAGGAUUCGUCGUGUACACUUGGAUGAUAGCAACAUUCUUUUGGAUGAAUGUGAUUUGUAUAAACGUAUGUCGUUCAGUGCUCAACGCUUCUCGCUUGGCAAAAUCGGAUAGAAAGCAAUUUCUGUGGUACAGUUGUUACGCGUGGGGCGGUACUUUAGCACUACUCUUUGUGGCCAUCAUUACGACCUUCGUCGACGGAGACCACUGGAAACCAGGUUUUGGUGAAUCUAGUUGUUGGUUCAACGGUCGCACCGAAACAUGGAUCUUUUUCUACGGACCGAUUGCGUGUUUGAUAGCGUUUAAUAUUGGGCUAUUCUUGCUGUCAUUUGUUCAUUUGUGGCUGCAGACCAUUAAAUACGAAGUCAAUAAACUGAACAACUUGAAGUAUAAAUUCCUGCUAUCAUUGAAACUCUUCUUGGUCAUGGGGAUAUCCUGGAUAUUCGAAAUCGCCAGUUUCGCUCACGGAAAGUCGCAUAUUAUCUGGAAAAUCAUGGAUAUUUUCAACUGCCUCCAAGGCGUUAUUAUAUUCUUAUUGCUCGUAGUGCUGAGAAAGAAAGUAAUCCAAAAUCUAACGAAUGAAAACUGUUGUGUUUUCUUAACACGCCGGCUCUCGGAUAAACUUAGCCCACAUGAUGAUUCCGAUGAUCAACAGAACAUACUGGGCGAUGAAACCGUCGAAGUCCGAUUAAAUUAAUUAGUUACAAACAAAUAAUAAUCAAACUCGUAAUCAUUGUCUAUACAUAAAAGGAUAUGUGAUCUGUAAAAAUGGAAACGAUAACUCAUUUAAAUAAUAUUUUUUUUUUUUUUUAGAUUAUAAAUACUUUGUUAAUAAAAAGUAAUCUCUAAUGGAUGUAAUCUCUAAUCACGGAUAUUUUUUAUGUAUUUUAUUGUAUAGGCAAUUUUAUGCAUAUUAUUAUAUCUUUAUGAUAAUAAUACUCAAUAAGAUUUUAAUUUUUAAGUCUAAAAUUUGUUUAUCUGUUUUGGAAGCUUCUUGCUUCUGCUCCUAAACGAACAAAAAACAAAAUUUAUAUUCUCACUACAUACAAGUUUAAUUUUGAUUUUUGUUUGUUAGUAAUCAUAAUUUGUUACUAAAUGAUGCAAUGUAGAUAUUUAAAGGUGUCCUUAAUUUUAAAAUACGUGACUUGUUUGCGUAAUAGUGCCAUUGUGUUAAAUUACUUGGAUAAUAUAAU